CAAAACAAAAAUGGUGAAGGUCCGCCUUAACACCGCCGAUGUCGCCGCUGAAGUCAAAUGCUUGCGACGAUUGAUCGGCAUGCGUUGUUCCAACGUCUACGAUCUCACUCCUAAGACAUAUAUAUUCAAGCUAAUGAAUAGCAGCGGCGUUACAGAAUCGGGAGAGAGCGAGAAAGUACUCUUGUUAAUGGAGAGCGGCGUCCGUUUACAUACAACUGCUUAUGUUCGGGAUAAGAGCAAUACUCCAUCUGGCUUUACUCUCAAAUUAAGAAAGCAUAUUCGAACUAGAAGGCUUGAAGAUGUCCGCCAGCUCGGUUAUGAUAGGAUAAUCCUUUUCCAAUUCGGUUUAGGCGCUAAUGCUCACUAUGUGAUAUUGGAAUUGUACGCCCAAGGAAACAUUAUCCUAACUGAUUCUGAAUUCAUGGUUUUGACUCUUCUUCGUUCCCAUAGGGAUGAUGAUAAGGGGGUUGCAAUCAUGUCACGCCACCUAUACCCUACUGAGAUAUGCCGACAUUUUGAACGAACCACUAUCUCGAAGCUGCAUACAGCCCUCGCUUCUUCUGGUGAACCUGAUGAGAAUGAAGCUACUAAGGGUAUUGGAGACGGGAAUAAUUCGCUUGAUGCACCUAAAGGAAAUGAAAAAGGAAAGAAGGGUAGCCAAAAGGGUGGUCAAAAAGGUGGGAAACCUUCUGAGUCGAACAAAAGUGCCAGUGAUAAUGCUCGUGCGAAACAGGCUACGUUGAAGAAUGUUCUCGGUGAGGCAUUGGGUUAUGGUCCUGCACUCGCUGAGCACAUCAUUUUAGAUGCUGGCUUGGCUUCAAACACAAAAGUAACUAAAGAUAACAAGUUAGAUGAUGAUAAGAUUCAAGCUUUGGCCCAAGCUGUUGAAAAAUUUGAGGAUUGGCUGCAAGAUGUUAUUUCGGGUGAGAAGAUUCCUGAAGGAUACAUUUUAAUGCAGAAAAAGAAUUCAGGAAAGGAUGGUCCCCCCUCUGAAGGAACUACUGGCCAGAUGUAUGAUGAAUGCUGCCCUAUUCUAUUGAAUCAGUUCAAGUCAAGAGCGUAUGUGAAUUUCGAAACGUUUGAUGCAGCUUUGGAUGAGUUCUACAGCAAAAUUGAGAGCCAAAGGGCUGAGCAACAGCAAAAGACCAAGGAAAGCACAGCCAGUCAGAAAUUAAACAAGAUUCGCUUGGAUCAGGAAAACCGUGUUCAUAUGCUGAAGAAAGAAGUUGAUAAUUGUGUUAGAAUGGCAGAAUUGAUAGAGUACAACCUAGAAGAUGUGGAUGCUGCCAUAUUAGCUGUUCGUGUAGCUCUUGCAAAGGGUAUGAGUUGGGAAGAUCUUGCUCGUAUGGUAAAGGAAGAGAAAAAAUCUGGAAAUCCCGUGGCUGGCGUAAUCAACCAGCUUCACCUUGAAAGGAAUUGCAUGACAUUGCUAUUGAGCAACAAUCUUGAUGAAAUGGAUGAUGAUGAAAAGACACUCCCAGCAGAUAAGGUUGAAGUUGAUUUAGCACUUUCAGCUCAUGCCAAUGCUCGACGGUGGUACGGGAUGAAGAAAAAGCAAGAGAGCAAACAGGAGAAGACUAUUGUAGCUCAUGAGAAGGCUUUUAAGGCAGCUGAGAGAAAGACUCGUCUUCAGCUUUCACAGGAAAAAACUGUUGCAACAAUUACACAUAUGCGCAAAGUUCAUUGGUUUGAGAAAUUUAAUUGGUUCAUCAGCAGUGAAAAUUAUUUAGUUAUUAGUGGACGUGAUGCUCAACAGAAUGAGAUGAUUGUCAAGAGAUAUAUGUCAAAAGGGGAUCUGUACGUUCAUGCAGAUUUGCAUGGGGCUUCUAGUACAAUAAUCAAGAACCACAGGCCCGAGCAGCCAGUACCACCUCUCACGUUAAACCAAGCAGGAUGUUUCACGGUUUGUCAUAGCCAGGCAUGGGAUUCAAAGAUUGUUACCAGUGCUUGGUGGGUUUAUCCCCAACAGGUCAGUAAAACUGCUCCUACAGGGGAAUAUCUUACUGUCGGAAGUUUCAUGAUACGUGGGAAGAAGAAUUUUCUUCCUCCACAUCCUCUUAUAAUGGGAUUUGGAUUAUUGUUUCGCUUGGAUGAGAGCUCCUUGGGAUCACAUUUAAAUGAAAGAAGGGAGGGAGAGGAGGAAGGGAUAAAUGAGGCUGAAGAGAGUGGUCCUCCCAUAGAAAAUUCCGAGUCAGAAUCAGAGAAAGGUGGAGAAGCAACUGAUGUAUCCGAAGUAGCAGCUGAGAACAGUACUGGUUCUAAUGAUGUUGGUAAUGCAAUCGUGUCUGACCUUGUAGACAGUGGUGUUGCUUCUGUAAGUCCCCAACUUGAGGCACUCCUUGACCACGCUCUAGUUCUUGGAUCUGCUAAUCUCUCUGGUAAAUCUCCUGUUCUGGAAACAUCUCAAAAUAAUUUGGCAGAGGAAGGGAACCAUGAGGAGAAGACUGCUACGGUUAAGGAGAAGCCUCAUAUUUCAAAAGCCGAAAGAAGAAAGCUCAAGAAAGGAACAGGCAGUACUGCUGCCACUGCUAACACUGAGAAGGGCAAUGGGAAGACAAAAGAGAAUCUUAAUGUAUCUGGAAAUAACUCGAAACCAGGUGGUGGAAAAAUAAGCCGUGGGCAGAGAGGCAAACUCAAGAAAAUAAAGGAGAAAUAUGCUGACCAGGAUGAGGAAGAGAAGAGCAUUCGGAUGGCGCUACUGGCUUCUUCUGGGAAAGCUAACAAAAAUGAAGGGUCAGAUGAUGGGAAAACUACUACCAGCAAUGACCAGAAAGCCAACGCUAGCGGCUCUCAAGAUGCCCCUAAAAUAUGUUAUAAAUGUAAAAAGGUAGGCCAUCUUUCACGGGAUUGUCCUGAACAUCCUGAUGCCACUUCGCAUCAUGCAACUGGAGUUGAAGAUGAUCGCCGUUCAGGUUUGGAUGAUACAAGUGAGUUGGACCGAGUGGCCAUGGAGGAAGACGAUGUCAACGAGAUAGGUGAAGAAGAGAAAGGGAGAUUAAAUGAUGUGGAUUACUUGACAGGGAAUCCUCUUCCCAGUGACAUUCUCUUGUAUGCGGUGCCUGUCUGUGGUCCCUAUAGUGCAGUUCAAUCAUACAAGUACCGUGUAAAGAUAGUUCCCGGAACAGCAAAGAAAGGAAAAGCUGCAAAGACUGCCAUGAAUCUGUUCACCCACAUGGCGGAAGCAAGUAGCAGAGAGAAAGAAUUGAUGAAAGCAUGCACGGAUCCUGAGCUUGUUGCGGCUAUCGUCGGAAAUGUGAAGAUCACGGCAGCUGGCCUUACUCAAUUGAAGCAGAAGCAAAAGAAAAGCAAGAAGAGCAGCAACAAGGGAGAAAGCUAAACAAUGCCAUUGUUGUAGUAGUAGAGAAGAAGAAAGAAAUAAUGAAAUAAAGCAUUUUAUUCUCUGAAUAUUUGGUUUUGUACUAUUUUUCUUUCCCUCAGUUGGAUUUGUGGUGAUAUCAUCAAAUUUUAUCCUUAUCUUUGGACGUAUAAGUUGAAAUAGAGAAAUUGUACUUUAUAA